AUGUUCUACAUGCAUUUGCUCAUCAACAAGCGCGGGCCGCUGGCCAAAAUAUGGCUUGCUGCCCACUGGGAGAAGAAGCUCACCAAAGCUCACAUAUUUGAGUGCAAUUUAGAGACUACCGUUGAAAAGAUUAUCUCGCCAAAGUUCACAAUAGCUCUGCGAACCUCUGGACACCUACUCCUAGGAGUGGUGCGGAUUUACCACAGGAAAACAAAGUACCUCUUGGCAGACUGCAGCGAAGCUUUGACAAAAAUGAAGACAGCCUUUCGCCCGGGACUUGUUGACCUUCCAGAAGAGAACUUUGAGGCUACUUAUCAGGCCAUUACGUUACCUGAAGAAUUUCAUGACUUUGAAACACCACUACCUGAUUUAAAUGCCAUUGAUGUUGCUGAACAUUUUACCUUGAAUCAGAGCAGAGCUGAAGACAUCACACUUACAGAGGAUUUCGAAAGCAAUAUACUUCUCUGUGAUAGAAACUUUGAUGAGGAAUCAGAGGCGCUAAGAAAACAGAGCCUCUUUGACAGCAGCUUCUUAACAAGCAGCAACAACCUCGUGGCUGAUCCCAACUCCGGGACCGUGAAUGGAGACAAGUCCAUGCUGCUCGAAGACACUUACUCUUUCGAGCACGACUGCUUUGGAGAUGAGGAGGAGGCUGCAGAUAUGAUCGAAAUCCUGUUGAGGGAUGAGCAAAACGGCCCAGACAAAGACAGCCUGGGUAUGGAGGAGGAGCAUCCUUUGUCACAAGAGCCGCCAGAGCACAGCACAGCCGCGGAGUCCAACUUCGCAGACACCACCAUUAAGAAAGUAAAUCAUCUAGUGAAUGAAACAGUCAUUUUGUUGAAUGAAGAAGAAGGGUUUGUGCUUGAGCCCAUUGAGGAUACAGCUGUCACCCAGAGGAAAAAAAAUAAAAGAAAGAGGAAGUUGCUUGUGGAUGCGGAGAAGGAACUCAGCUGCAAGGCUAUAUACAACCAACUUACCAACUGCACCGACAUCCUUGCUACGUUAGACCUUGCACCCCCAACAAAGAAAACGAUGAUGUGGAAGAAAUCAGGAGGCGUGGAUAAGCUCCUGUCCCUCGCUGCACAGCCUGUGGUUCACGCUGAGCUGCAAAUGUUGUUUGAACAAUGCUUCGAGAGUCAUGGAUUUAAGAUGACAAGAAAUGAAAUACAGAAGGGGCCUGAAAUAGAAGAAACAAGAAAAGAGCAAGAUACCACAGAGAUGCCAGUAGUAGAAGAACCAAGUUAUCUGCAGGAGUCAGCUCACUCAGAGACUGAGAGACAGAACAGAGAUUAUUUGUUUAUGUUAACAUCACAGAAUAACAGGAAUGAAACUGAUGCCAACUGUGGCGAAACUCUACAGGAUGCAGCGGCUUCCUCUGACACCUCCCUACUGGUGAACAACUCAUCGGGCCGAGACGCUGCAGCGCAGCAACCUGAGGUAACACCAAGCUGACAGCUUAGUGCAGAGCAGAGCUGUGACAGUGAAGAAAUAAGGUGGAGCAAAAGAACCCUUCAGUUAUUAAAGACUCUGCAGCACCUGAGGAGGUCGGGCGCCCGCUCCUUCAGCCUGCAGCAGCUCUGCCGGAAAAACAGCCGGAAAGAAGCCGCAGCCAAGUUUUACAUCUUCCUGGUCCUGAAGAAGCGGUCGGUGAUCGAGCUGAGCCAGGGCGCGCCCUUCGCUGACGUGACAGCCACCCUCGGCCCCAUGUUCAACGCUUACUGA